AUGACGAGACCUGGACGUAAACCGCCGGUUGGAAAGUAUCCGGUUGCUAAUAGCAAUAAAUCCAUGUCGAAUACUGUGUGUGAUCUGUCAUUACAUCGUAUUCCGCCGAAUGAAGCGAAUUCAAAACCAAUAGUAGAUACAGACAGUAUCAGUCACAUUCUUGUUCAGAAGCUACACAGUGACAAAGCAUCCUACACUUGGAUUGGGGACAGCGUUCUAGUAGCUGCUCGACCUAUUGUUCCUGUACUCACUGCCGUUACUACAGAUACCAUCGUUGAACAGCUGUCCAAAGACCGAGCGGCAAAAACAAAGUCUCUUGGGUUCACACUGCUGAAUAAACCAUCUACUUCACCUCCUGAGCUAAUCCCAUCAUUGUCUACUCCUGUGGUCGAACCUCACCUUUUUGAUUUGGCUGGCUCGGCAUUUGUACAUCUCCUGAAUGACAAGCAAGAUCAAUGCAUUUUUCUUUGUGGUAAUUCCAAUAGUGGUAAAUCUGAAUCGGGACGACUGAUUGCUCGUCAUCUGAGCGAUCUUUCAAGAAAUACUGUGGCUACUAAAAAGCCAAAAGUUCAUUCGGCUGCAAUCAAGCUGGACCAUGUCUUGUCAGUAUUUGGCAAUGCUGUUUCUCCGCAGAACAUUAACGGCUCACAUUUUUCAAGAUAUACAGAGUAUCAGUUUAAUGAUGAUGGCAGUAUGGUGGGCGUUAAACUGCUCGCGUACAACCUGCAAAAACAGCGAGUUACUGAUGCAAGCCAUACUCAUGCCAACUUUAACGUGUUUUAUUAUCUCCUGUCUGGUGCCGAUCAAGAUAUGCGAACCAAAUUUCAUUUGGCAGAAGCAUCUCAUUUUUAUUUCCUAAAUCGUGUACAGUCCAAACCGGCCAUUCUCUCACAUCAGCAUCACUUUGAUCCUGAAAAUCUUAAUCGACUGGUAGAUCACCUCAAAGCAUUGGGAAUUCCUAAAAAGGCUCAUAUGGAUAUAUUCCAGCUUUUGGCUGGUAUCUUGCAUCUUGGCAACAUCAAUUUUGUUCGUACUUCUGACUAUGCAAAUCAAGCAUGCGAGGCCAAAAACUACCAACAUGUUCAGAUUGCUGCCACGUUACUCGGUCUCAAGCCUGAGCAUUUGUUAUCAACACUUACAUUUGAAACUAGAGCAGUUGGCCGUGAACUUUGCACCAUGAUUCUUGAUGUCGAUGGAGCUAUUCGUCAAAGGGAUACACUUGCACAACUUCUUUAUUCGCUGCUUUUUCAAUGGAUUAUUGAGCAAAUCAAUACCAAGUAUUGCAAAGAGGAGUCUGAAUGGACACGUUAUAUUUCUGUUGUCGAUUUUCAAGGCAUCCAAACAUCUUCGCCUGGACUUGGAAAAUGCCUGGCUCGCUUGGUAUCCAACUAUGCUGCCGAACGUGUUCAAGGAUUUGUGGUGUCACAACUUACAGCCGCUACCGAUAGGCUUGUGGCUGAACAUGCCAUCAAGAUACCACCAAGAUCGCGCACUAACUCGGCAUUAUCUUUGGUUUCCAAUAGCGACGUGUUACAUCUUUUAGCUGCACCAGCCACUGGUGUCAUCUCUAUUCUUCAAAACGAAUAUAUUCGACGAGAAACCUCUGGAUUGCCUGGAGCAGGUUCAUCUACUGCCAACAGUAUUAACAUCUUGGAACGCAUUGCUAGUGUGAGCUGUGAAGAUCCAAAACUAAUCACCUACACCUCGCCACGAAAACAGUUUGGUAUUCGCCAUUACAAUGGUGUUGUAAACUACGAGGUGUUUCAACCCACAACAGCUGGGUCUUAUACACAUGGUUCUAUUGCUACUAGUGUGGGCUAUAAUGACUUGUCAGCAAGUACCAAUAUCUCGACUGAUUUUAUUUCACUAUUUUGUGGAUCCAUGGACCAACCAGCUGCUCAAUUUUCUCUUGUCAGACAGUUGUUUUCCAAGCGUUCUAUUGCUGUAGAUCUCCAUCCUAAAAACCGAAUUACCCUUUUGCGUGCGCGAUUGAGUUUAAUGACAUCUAGACGUCCAUCUACGCUUCGAAAACGUAACACGAUUCGACUUGGUGCACCUCAUACAGUAUCUUCUCACACUGGUCAUGACAAAGACGCGACUAAUGAAACCAUGUCAUUUAUGAUGGAACCUAGUAUAUUGAACGCUGAUAUGUCAAUGGCAAACCGACAAUCUCAUUUAGUCUCUCGCCCCAAUAGUUUAGUUGCCUCGAUGAACCCAUCCACCUUGGCUGAUGGAGCUGCAUCUCUUGAUUCACAACAAAACUUUUUGCUGUCUCAAACCCAACUAACAAUGGAUGAUCUUUUGGACAGUUUUUUAGAUACAAAUCUGUGGUUUGCUAUGCAUAUUUGUCCAAAUUCCAAUGCGCGAUCAACUGGUAUUGACGUGGAUGAAGUUACUCGACAAGUUCAAGCUCUUCAAUUGGACGCCAUUGCUAAUUCCAUGUGCACUCUAUACACAUGUGUCAUGCCGUUUGAAACUCUCUGGUCCAAAAUAGAAUCUUUGAAUAUUCCAAACUCUCGUCACGCUGUUUCUGAUAGCAGGCUUACAACCCACGCCAAAGAUUCUGUUCAUGAAUUACUAAAUUCAUUGCGUUACAUUGGUAUAACGGACGAUUUGUUUUUUGUUGGAGAUCAUCAUGUAUUUUUUACAGAACUAGGAUCACGCCGAUUUUACAGUGCCAUCAAUUCAGGAUACUUGUUGCUUGAGCAAAGUGCUGUAGGCAUGCCUUUGACACAUGAAACAACUGAAAAUAAUGGAGCAUCUCUUGCUAAAAACUCACACAUCAUUUCUGUCGAGUCUAAUCAGCAGCCGUUGGGUGAUGUUUCUGACGAUGGAAAUUAUGAAAACAACCCUACAGAAAAACUCAUUCAAAAAACCUCGGAUAACAAACACCAGCAGAAAAAAUGGAGAUAUCGUAAAACUGCUUCCAUGGCCGUAUCAACCACUUCUAUGCAACCAACAGAAGAUGAUCCAUAUGAAAUUGAAUCAAUGUAUGAUUUUACCUAUGCAGCGAAUGAAAAGGACAAAAUGGGAUCUAUUUCUCACGAGACAGUGCGCAGAUCCUUUACUAAUUCCGACACUGUGCUUGGACAUCUGAAUGAUCCGCUCGUGGAUACAAAGGAGCGAUCUGCUAAAGCUGGCUCUGUUGGUGCGAUCAAAAAAACCCACAAAACAGAAAACAAGAACAGUUUGACUCCACCUAAACCUCGCACAUUUGCUCGAAAAUCUUGGCUGUGUUGUACAUGGAGUUUAACAUGGUGGAUUCCUACAUGUCUGAUUUCAUGUUUAUUUGGGAAACGUCGGCCCGAUGUACAAAUUGCAUGGCGUGAAAAAGUUGCUCUGUGUACUUUGAUAUUUCUCAUGUGUGCCACAAUGCUGUUUUUAAUUGUUGGUCUUGGACAGGUUUUAUGUCCUAAACAAAAUAUACUUUCCGAGGGUGAAGUAAGCACUCAUAAUAGCUUAACCGAUGCAUAUGUAAUCAUCAAUGGAAAUUAUUAUGAUAUCAAAGACAUUGUCAAAUCGCAUGUACAAACUAGUAGCUCUUUUAUUGGAAGUGCCGCAUUUGUUAGCACUGUACUUGGAAGAGAUGUCAGCGCAAUGUUUUAUCCCGCUAACCUUCCACAAAAAUACUGUCCAAAUAUGAGACUUCCUGCUGGAUGGGAUAGUGUUUACCAGCGUAAUAACCAAGGCACACCUCAAACGUGGUAUUAUCAUACGAAUGGUCAAAAUCCAAGUGUUCCUCCACCAGAUUAUAUUGGCGCCAUGACAUAUAUGAAAAAAGGACAAGUUGCACGAUCGAGCGACUGGAUGUCAUCCUUCACCUCAUCUGAUUCAAAUCACAAGCUGAUUGUAGCAUGGGGUCGCGUUUAUGACAUUUCUACAUAUUAUGAUGCAAGCAAUGUUGGUGCCUUGGGAGAUGGUCCAGGUUUCUUUGGUCCACUUGUCAAGCAAGUAUUUGAUGCAUUUAGCAAAACUUCAAUGGCUGGUCGUGAUGCAACCUCUACCUUGAAUCAACUGAUAAAACCUCAAUUUGGCGGACCUGUUGCUUUUGCUAAUUUCAAAACCUGCAUGGACAACUUGUUUAUGACUGGAACUGUAGAUACACGAGAUAGCAUCAAAUGUGUACUUCCAAAUUACAUUAUGCUGACAGCAUCUGUGAUCAUGGUUGCAGUCAUUGGUUUUAAAUUUCUAGGAGCAUUACAAUUGACCAGCAAGGUCGUUCCAGAAAGUCAUUCCAAAUUUGUUAUUUGCCAAGUUCCUUGCUAUACAGAAGAUGAAACGAGCCUUAAAAAGACAAUUGAUUCCAUUGCACGUACUCAGUAUGAUGACAAACACAAACUGCUUUUCAUUGUUUGUGACGGCAUGAUUAUUGGUGCUGGUAAUGACAGACCCACACCGCGUAUUGUCCUGGAUAUUCUUGGUGUUGAUUCCAGUAUUGAUCCAGAUACUCAUAGCUUUCAAAGUAUUGGUGCAGGUCUAAAAGAGCAUAAUAUGGGCAAAGUAUAUUCCGGACUCUAUGAAACUGAAGGUCGCUUUGUUCCAUUUAUCGUUGUUAUCAAAGUAGGAACACCAGCUGAACGUAAUCGUCCAGGAAACAGGCAAGUGCUAAAAUGCAUAUAG